UAAUUUAACGUCAUUGCCGAUGAGAUAUUUACAUUCACAUAAUAAUCUGAAGAAACAUUUCGUCUAUAUUCCAGGAGGUCUGCAGAUCGAAUCUUUCGGCUUUGAUUCUUUCAACUAGGAGAGGGUAAGCACCUGCUACAGAUUUUGCGGUUAGUACACAAACUUGUCGGAGUAUAUCGUCAGUCUUUCUCUCGUUUUGCUCAAUUGCCGGCAAAUCGCUACGUAUCGUUUUCUUCCAGAAUAUGUCUGUUUCUAGCCAUUUAAAAUGCUCACGAGAAACGCAACAAUAGAAUUGCAUACUCGAUUCAGACGGGAUUCCUGUUAUCGGUUAUGAAUGCAAGUUAAUAGAUGGAAAUUUAGACAGGAUUGUUAAUUAAUAAGGAAAUGUUUGGACUUUUGCAGAUUGGGGGUUGUAUGUUUCCUGACAUUGUCUGCUGAAGCAUCUUCUGCUUGAAUUUUAAAUUAUUUUUGAACAUUGAGUUAUUAUUCCGGUGCUCUGUCCAAGACUUUUAAUGCCAGAAGUUCAUGGUUGGAUGUCACAAUCUUGCAGAGAUAUUGGUUAAAAAGAAAUGGUGGGUCACGAGAACACAAAUUCUGGUUUUGCACUUCGAGCCAUUCGGGUUGCUGGAGUUCUUCAGUUGCGCAUGGUGCCAGAAAAUCGGGACCAAAUUAAUCAAAGACCAGAAGACGCAAUCAGAAGAGAAAGGAUUGCCAUGGGGAAUUCCCAACCUCAAAACCAUUUUGAUACUGGGGAUAAUAGUGAUGGAAGUUAUGAAGGGUUUAGUAUGGAUGAUUCUUCUGAAGAACCAUUUGGUAUCUUUUUAGGUGAUGCACACGAAGUGGAGCAUUCAAAUGCAAGUAUGGGCAGAAGAGAGAAAAGAGAAGACAUACCUCCUCUGGAACAUGAAGUUGCACAUAUAACAAAAUUGAGUACAGCUCCAAAUGGAAUGCUAUCCAGGGUAUACGGGAAAAACCAGAAGGGCUGUAUUUCAACAUUUUCUAUGCUUGCAGGCAGAGAAGCAAAUGUGUCUGGCAGAGGGAAAUUUAGUGCAGCAGAUCGUUGUCAUGUUGCCAGCAGAUAUAUGCCAACUGGUGGCCCAGUUCAAGUUGAAAAGUUAAACAGUAGAGCCUAUGUGGGACAAUUUUCAAUAGAUGGCUCCCUGUUUGUGGCUGGAUUUCAGGACCGACAUAUAAGAAUAUACAAUGUGGACAAGGGAUGGAAAGUUCAGAAGAAUGUGUCUGCCAGGAGCUUACGUUGGACAGUCACUGACACAGCACUUUCGCCUGAUCAGCGUUAUCUUGUUUAUGCUAGUAUCACACCUGUUGUACAUAUUGUGAAUGUUGGAAGCAGUGGCACUGAAUCAGUAGCAAAUAUCACGGAAAUUCAUGAAGGACUUGACUUCUCCAUAGAUGCAACAGGAGAUCACUCCUUUGGACUUUUUUCUGUUAAAUUUUCAACUGAUGGACGGGAACUUGUAGCUGGCAGCAGUGACAGAUCUAUAUAUGUUUAUGAUCUACAAGCAGACAAACUUGCUUUACAGCUAGAAGCUCACAAGGAUGAUGUCAAUACUGUGGCCUUUGCAGAUGAAACUGGUCACUUAAUUUAUUCUGGAAGUGAUGAUAAGUGCUGCAAGGUUUGGGAUCGCCGAUGCCUUACAUCUAGAGCACGACCAGCAGGGAGUCUGGUUGGGCACUUGGAAGGUAUUACUUUUAUCGAUAGUCGUGGUGAUGGGCGGUACUUUAUCUCCAAUGGAAAAGACCAGACAACUAAGCUCUGGGAUAUUCGCAAAAUGUCAUCUGGAAAUUCUACCCUGAAGUCAAAGAAAGUUCCAAGCUUUCGAUGGGAUUAUCGUUGGAUGGAGUAUCCAGGGAAUGGGAAGGAUUUUAAGCAUCCCUCUGACCAAUCUCUAAUGACAUACAGGGGACAUGCUGUCUUGCGUACACUUGUCCGUUGCUACUUUUCUCCAGUCUUCAGCACUGCUCAAAAAUACAUCUAUACAGGAUCACAUGAUGGUAGUGUUUAUAUAUAUGACGUGGUAACUGGGCACCAAGUUGCAAAACUGGAGUAUCAUUCUUCCACUGUGAGGGAUUGCAGUUGGCAUCCUGUAUAUCCAACACUUGUUAGCUCUUCAUGGGAUGGUGUUGUUGCCAGAUGGGAGCAUCCCACUGGAGAUGAGAGAGAACCUGGAAUAUCAAGAGUUUGCAAGCAAGUAGACGUAUUUUAUGAUUCACACAUUUAAGGCAUUGAAUAUGCUUUGGAAAUGUACAAAGUGCCCUACUAUAUUUCUAUCUAAUCGUCCGUUGAGAGAUUAUACAUUCUCAACGUUGACAAAUUGGGGAAACUUUUUUUACAGGGUGAAGUCAAACUUUACAAUGAAUAAAAGUUGUGGUAGCACAACAGCAAUUAUGCUAAAGAUUUCUCUUUGUUAUACUGUUAAAUCAGAAUAGGGAGGAUGGCUAAGCUAUUAUUUAUUAAGGUUGUUAAUUGUCUUCUCUCUUGGUUUGCUCCUGGCAAACUAUGGUUAGUCCUUGUAGAUGAGUACUUGUGCCUAGCACCGAGGUAAAUCAUACUGAAGUAAUGAAAUAAGAAGUUACUGAUUUCCAUUUGGACGUGUUGGGAUCAGAACUGUAUAAGUUGUAUAACCAAAUGCCUUGUGUAUAUGCAUAUAUCUGCUGAAAUUUCCAGUUGAAUGAGAAGUUUGUUCAACUAUUCAUGAUUGUUGAAUAAUAUGGACUGGCCUCUUGAUUCUUUUUUCAAAUACAUAUUGAGUUUUACUUA